AUGGCCUUCCGCUCCCCUGCACAGAUGACAAAAGAACUGCUGGCUGCUUCCCGCAGGGCACAUCUGGAGAACACCCUGCUCCCUGCUCCCUACAUCCAGGCUCCCUGGGCCUCCCUCGGCUUUCCCAGCUGGCUUGUCACAGCCAGUCUUGGUCGGGGAGCCCCGGCGCAGGCGCAGGCUGAGGCCCUCGGGUCCCCAGUGGGUCCUCGGCAUCAGUCACUCUCUGUGAGUCAGAGCUGGGGGUCACCGCCUGCAGGAGCCUCUGUGCGCGGCCCCACACCCUCACCUGCGACCCCGUGGGGAGGCGACCCUGACCGCCCUCGUUCCGGACUCCAGCAGGGCUCCGGCAGCCAGUGGUCCCCUCCCGAGUCUCUGCUCCUGCCGGGACUCUGCAGGAGCGGGACCCCAUCGCCGCGGCUGGGAUGCCGUGAGAGUUUCAUUCCACUCAAAGGCUCUUGGAAAAUUCACUCAAAAGGUCUGGGUGAUGGCGUGGGGAUCCGCCAUGGCGUGGGGAUCCGGCCUAGUAUCCUGCACCGGGUAGUGGCGCGGUGUGUCCCGAGGCUAAUUUGGAAAAAGCCGAAACCUGAGGGGCGGCGGCGGCGACCCCUCGGCACAGCGUCCCCUGGCGGCCACCAGGCUCAGCCAGGUCUGAGAGCCGGGGGGUCGCCGGGAGAGCCAGGUCCAAGGCAGAAUCAGCCCAGCCCCUCCAGGUAUACAGUGAAAAGUCUUCAUCCCAGAAAAGCUGUCAGUCAAAUGUUAAAAUUGAGGGACGUUGUACAAAAUACCCGACUAGUAUCCUCAGAACUGUUAAAGUCAUCAAAACCCAGGAAGAGUCUGAGAAAUUGUCACAGCCGAGAAGAGCCUAAGGAGACAGGACCAUCAAAUGUAAUGUUGUGUCAUGGAUGAGGUCCUGGAGCAGAAAAAUGGACAUCUGGUGAAAACUAAGGAAAUCCGAGUCAAGACGGACUUUAGUUAAUGCAUCAACACCGGUUCAUUACUUGUAACAAACAACACAUACCAACGACCGAUGCUAAUAAUAGGGAACCCUGGGUGAAAGUUUUAUGGAGACUCUUAUUAUCUUUAGA